CUUCCACUCUAGUUUCAGUCCUGACAGAGGCGGCACCUUCAGUACGGCUUAAUUUUUUUAUCCCAGCAUUCUGGUCUAAUGGACACACUCUUUGUAAAUGCUUUUUAAGAAUAAUCAGUCUUGUAAGACACACACUGGCUCCUCAGCAGGCCCUGGCCUUGAGUCUUAUUUGAAGGGAUUUAACUUCACUGGUGAACCGCCUUGGCUGCUCUGUACCUGAAUAACUGCACCAAUCAAAUUUCAUCUCUUUCAUAUCCAAUUUCCUAGUGACUAAUCAAAAGGAUUUAUUGUGAGCAUGGAAACUGCCACCGAGUUUGACUUCUCUUUCCUUGAGGAGGGCUUCUCUGCACGGGAUAUCGUCGAGCAGAAGAUCAAUGAGUCAUCCAUGACGGAUGACAGGGAUGCCUUCUACGUCUGCGACUUGGGGGAUGUCUUCAAGAAGCACCUGCGCUGGGUGAGGGCCCUGCCACGCGUCACUCCCUUCUACGCCGUCAAAUGCAACGACAGUCAGGCUGUAGUCAUGGUACUGGCCUCCCUGGGAGCUGGCUUCGACUGUGCAAGCAAGACGGAGAUUCAUAUGGUUCAGUCUUUGGGAGUGGAUCCAAGCAGAAUCAUCUAUGCCAACCCCUGCAAGCAACUUUCCCAGAUCAAGUACGCAUCCGCCCACGGGGUCCGGAUGAUGACCUUUGAUAGCGAGGUGGAACUCAUGAAAGUGGCCCGCUGUCAUGAAAAUGCCAAGCUGGUGCUGCGUAUUGCCACAGAUGACUCUAAGGCUGUGUGUCGCCUGAGCGUGAAGUUUGGUGUGACACUCAAAGCGUGUCGAGGUCUCCUGGAGAAAGCUAAGGAACUGGGGCUGGAUGUGAUUGGCGUCAGCUUCCAUGUUGGCAGUGGCUGCACCGAUCCCGAGACCUACUCUCAGGCGAUCGCUGAUGCCCGUUAUGUCUUCGAUAUAGGGGCUGAGGUGGGCUUCAACAUGGACCUGCUGGACAUCGGAGGUGGAUUUCCUGGUUCAGAUGAUAAUGAACUCAAAUUCGAAGAGAUCACUGCAGUCAUCAGCCCAGCCCUGGAUAAGUAUUUCCCCGCUGACACUGGCAUUAAGAUCAUUUCUGAGCCAGGACGCUUUUAUGUGGCUUCUGCUUACACACUGGUUGUCAACAUCAUCGCCAAGAAGGUCAUCAUGGACGAGGAAUCUGCCUCUGACGAGGAAGACGAGGGGACCACAGAUAGGACCCUGAUGUACUACGUAAACGAUGGCGUUUAUGGAUCCUUCAAUUGUAUACUCUAUGACCAUGCUCACUGUUUGCCAACACUACAUAAGAAGCCAAAGCCAGAUCAGGUCAGAUACCCCUGCAGUAUCUGGGGCCCGACAUGUGAUGGACUCGAUCGCAUCGUCGAGCAGUGCUACCUGCCUGACAUGCAGGUAGGCGACUGGCUGAUCUUUGAUAACAUGGGGGCCUACACCGUGGCCGCUGCCUCCACCUUCAAUGGCUUCCAACGACCCGACAUUUAUUACGUCAUGUCUCGCACUGCCUGGCAACACGUGCAGCAGAUCUGUUCCCAGGGCAUGCCAGCUCCUGCGGAGGAGUCCUCCCUGUUGGAGGUGCCGGCCUGCUGUGGACGAGAGAGCAGCUUGGAGAUGCCCACUAAGCCCUGCCAGGCCCCUGUGGUGUAAACGCAUACCGUACAUCACAGCAAUGUUCUCCUGAUCUAGCAUCUCUUUGUUAUUAUUAAUUAUUGGAGAAGUUUCUGUCUUUUCUUUUUCUUUCUUCUCCCCAUAUGUCAUGAUAUAUUUUGAAGGCCAGUUACUUGACAGGAGAACGAGAGGGGCAUGUUGUUGCACAAACAUCUGUGUUCUGUACAGAAGUGAGGAUCAACCCUCGAUAAAAUGAGGCUGAAUCACACUCUGAGUGUCUCUGUGUAUUCCAGGCAGAGUGUCACAGGGCUACUCUGUACUCGGAAAUUGUUGCUGCAGUAUUCCGCCCUUAAUUUUGGGAAAGUGACUUAAGAACUUGAGUACUGUUAGUUUAUGAAGAAACUAUGAGUGGAACUGAAAAAAGGACUCAACACUUGAAACUGUAGCAAAAGUCCAAGAGGUAAGGGGUCGCUAAUACUAUUAAUUGAAUACUUCAAAAUUGUGACUUGCAAAGAGGUGGUUGGAGGGGUGAUUUAAAUCCUCAUUAAAUGGCUGCUCUGUUUAUAUUUAUCCUUUCCAUGAUCUCUACUUCUGUACAGAACCUCUCAAGUGUUAAUCCUGAAGAUAUUAACAUGUAAAGUCACUUUUUGUUUACUUUUAGGUACACACAGAACAUUAUAGACGCAUAACAUUUCAGCUACCUUUGUCAAAGGUCGCUUCUCAUUUGUCGUGGUCACCCAACACUCACAGGUGCCACCAAAUACACAUCUUCAAGAUUAACACUUAAAACACAGGGACUCAAGAAGCAUACUGAACCUCUCCUCUUCUCCUUAUUUUAUUUUCAGUUUUAUUUUUUUGUUGUAACUUGUAAACGUCAAGAAGUCUGUUGAUUAUAUGAAUAAGAACCAGUGUUAAAGAAUACAUUUGAGAAAUUGAUACGAAAGACUGGAUUGCAUAUCCAUAACGCUUUCCUAUGGAAACUUUUUCAAGUUUUGUAUUUUUUUAAUAAAUAAAAACAUUGGAUGCAGAGCCUAA